AUGAGUCGGCCGAUACCCCAUGACAAGGGAGACAUCGACCCUGAGCAUCUCGAAAUCGUGCAGAAUGAUGUUGCCCACCUGCAUCCAACUCAUUACCGGCCGGUAGAUGACGACGAGAAGAGACUUGAUAGGAAGGUCAAUCUAAAACUGGACUUCAUCGUCGUUAGUCUUUUGGCUAUUGAGUUUAUUUUUUGCGGCAUCGAUAAGACGAAUGUUGGCUUCGUUGCCACCAGUUCCUUCGUCAAAGAUGCUAAUCUCUCACCCGAUGACAUUCCCAACUCACUCUCACUGUUCUCGGCCACCUACGUUCCUCUUCAGCCGUUCAUGGUCAUUCUCGCCCGUCGAGUCGGUGUGAAAUACUUCUUGGGCCUGCAACUCAUCGCAUGGGGCGGCCUCUGCAUGUGCCACGCGGCAAUACGAGGCAGUGGAAGUCUCAUAGCUCUUCGUCUCUUGAUCGGCGCCGCCGAGUCUGGCUUCACGCAGAUUGGCAUGUACUACAUGUCUACCCUCUACCCGAAGUAUGACGUGGGCUUCAGAGUCGGCAUGUUCACCGGGAUGUAUUCCGUGGCGGGUGCUUUCGCCGGUGUCCUUGCUUACGGCUUGCUCAGAAUCAGCUCAAACAGCAUUCAUGGCUGGCAGGUUGUGUUUCUUUUCGAAGGCGCUGUAACUGUUUUGCUGGGUAUUCUCACGUUUUUCGUUCUCCCGAAGAACCUCUCAAACGCCUGGUUUUUGACGCCUGAAGAGCGCGCUCAUGCCAUUCGUCGCAUGGAGAUCGAUCUUGCCGGCACGCAAGAAGAGGGCGACAUUGGAAGCACUGCCGUCGUCAAACGAGAUUUCAUUGACGUGGCCAAGGACUGGAAGAAGCUUAUGGUGAUUGUGUGUAACAUCACCACGGUUCUUCCAGUAACAGCAUUCACGACAUUCUUGCCCUUGAUCGUUCAAGGCAUGGGAUACUCAGGGAUCCAGGCAACGCUGAUGAGUGUGCCUCCAUUCGUGGUUGGCACCGUUGGUCUACUGGUCAUUGUGUGGCUCAGUGACCACUUCAAAGAGCGGUCGCUGCACACAGUUGGCGGUAUGUGUCUCGGUAUUGUAGGGUGCAUAGUCAUGGCUACCUCUACAAACACCCAGCUUCGCUAUGGCUUCGCCCAUGUGUGCAUGGCCGGAGUAUUUGUUGGGGGUCCGCUCCUGGCUGUGUGGCUGGCUGGAAACACCCCUUGGAAGGGGACGAGAAGUGUCGUGAUGGGCAUCAACGGAUGGUCAAACAUUGCCGGUGUAAUUGCUGGACAGAUUUUCAAGAGCAAAUAUGCUCCUAGAUACGAAGUCCCGCUGAUCAUCACCAUGAUCAUCAUGGCUUGUGGUAUCUGCGGACUUGUUUUUCUCAAAUACAUGUAUAAGUUGGAAAAUAAGAGGAGGGCUACAGAGAUUGCAACGUGGGAUGAGACGCAGUUUGCUGCUGAGGCAACGUCCAAAGAAAGGAGAGGCGAUCAAAGACGCACCUUCAUGUAUGGUUCAUAA